AUGUCUUAUGGAAUAUUAGGUAACCGGGGACCUCUGAAUGUGACAAUUGUACAGGUCGGAAAAGGAAAUGGGGGCAGUGGAGAUGGCGGAAGUGAUUUACUGAGAUUGGAACCACCGUCGGAGUUAAGGCCAGCUCCAUCGCCUUUAUCCGAAACGAGUGCCACACUGCAGUCCGACAAUAAUGAUACCUUUAGCGGAGGUGUGGAUCCACGAUUAUUGUUGGGUGGCGACCGUAACACGUGGGAGGGUCGUUACCGUGUGAAGGAACAUCGGCGUGCUGGCAAAGCAACGUUCCAGGGUCAAGUUUAUAACUUCCUGGAGCGUCCCACUGGCUGGAAGUGCUUCCUUUACCACUUCUCUGUAUACGACGAAUUUUGUUUACGAAAAGAA